ACCAAAAGCGGAAGUACUGGUCAGCUGACAGUUUCGUGAUUCAGAGAAGGAGAAACAGUUCAGUCAUUGCUUGUUUUUGCAGUUUUAUCUUGUAGAAUUGAAUAAUGGCUGGGCGAGGUAAAUUAAUUGCCGUUAUUGGUGAUGAAGACACGUGUACCGGGUUCCUACUCGGUGGCAUUGGCGAGCUGAAUAAAAAUCGUAGCCCGAAUUUCUUGGUGGUCGAGAAGGAGACAAGCAUCGCAGARAUAGAGGAGACCUUCAAGAGUUUCCUGACCCGCAAUGACAUCGGCAUCAUCCUGAUCAACCAGUUCAUAGCAGAGAUGAUCCGUCACGCCAUCGACCAGCACAUGGAGUCCAUCCCUGCCGUGCUGGAGAUACCCUCCAAGGAGCACCCAUAUGACGCCUCCAAGGACUCCAUCCUACGCAGGGCCAAGGGCAUGUUCUCUGCUGAGGACUUCCGAUAAACACACAMCACGUACCCAAAGAUGCAGGGACAGAGAUGGAAGAGGGGGACUUUGGAGACUGUCGUGAUCCUAAAUGAGUUAUCUUGUGUAAUACCAUGAAAGCUGUAAAGUAUGAAUUGGYCUGAUGGCAGUUUCAUGUGUUAUCCAUAUUGACUGAGGCCAUAUGUGGUACCUACAGUCCCACUCAUCUCUUGCCAUGGUCCUGCUCCAUCCACCUGGCAAUGCAUUUUCGCCAGACCCAAUGUUGAAUUGUUUGAUGUAAUAGUUUAGUUUUUCAUUCCUUUGCCUGGAACAUUAUGGUAUUACUGUUCAUUGACCACAUUGAUGGUUGAAUUGUUUUGCAGUAUGCCUUUCCGGGUUAUUCAUGUUGUUGUAUGAAAUCUUACGCAGGUACUGUAUCUUGUGGUCUCAUCUAGUCUGAUUUUCAAAUGCUUGCUUCAUUUUGUCAUAACCUUGGGGAGAGUAUGCUUGCAUAAGACAUCUCAGCAAAGAAUUGUAGAUAGUCAUCUGCAAUUCAGGGAGUGUAACAUUUGUCAGAUCAUGCAUGUGACCAUGACUGUGUCUGUUUUAACUUCACAUUUGUAAUUUAUGGAAACAUUCUCUAUGCCCCUAUGUGUAUCCUAAACUGUAAAGUAGCAUUUCAUCAUCUGGUGACAUGUACCCUGUGGAUUGGGGAAUAAUACUGUACAUCUCAUCAACAGAAAAUCCACACAAAAGAAUGGCACAGCUUGAAAAAACAGUGUUUAGCACUGCAAAAUGUCGUAAUGUAUUGCAGUUGUGACAGUUUUAACUUAUACCUGUAUAAAAAAAUAAAUAAAGAUGUUUAAAAAUAAUUAUUAUUCUAUA